UUAGGCAAAUUGGUAUUUAUGAGAAACUAAUCUAGCAAUCUUUUUUCUUUUAUUUUUUUUGAUGUGAGCAUGAAAAUAUGAGUAAGUUGGUCGAUAAGAGUGUUGAUCAAUUUUUCUAUGAUAUGUUAUCCCUAACAAACGGUUUAACAAAAAAUUGUCAAUGGCCCUGGAGGCCAACACACAAGUUACUAAGUAUAUUUUAUUGCCAUUUCCCACACAUUUAACACACAAGUUACUAAGUAUAUUUUAUUGCCAUUUCCCACACAAAUGUGAAAUUUAACACGAUUCAUUGUCUUUGAGAAACAAAAUCCAAUCUAGUUCAUGCAAGGUAGGGGACUGACUUCCAAUGUAAUUUUUUCUCUAUACCACGUCCAUCGUCUACAAAAUUGUUUUGCAAUUCUUUUUCAAUGUUUGAGAUGGAAAUGGACCCAUUGAUCCGCACAUCUAAGAUGAAUACCAGCCAAAAUAAUGACGAGUUGCUAGCUGAGAAGACGACAUGAAGAAACGAGAGAGCAGGUUAACUUUGGGUCAGACCAAAGAAGCAGUGCCUAGAUCCAAAUCAACCAAUGGAUGCCCACUUCCACCUCUAAUUCAAAUUUCUGUCGCAAUUAUUAAAGCAGCAGUCAAAAAGGUCUGCCGGCCAAAGAUCCAACCAAACAGUCUCAGAAAGCACGCUAGAUGCCAAGAGUACCUCCAACUGAGAUGAGGUCUCGCCCUUGGACAUCUCACACAUUCUCCUUCUCCAGUCCCGUACUUGAAACCGUAAAUAGCCGUUGCCACUUCGCUCAUUCGAAUUCAAACGUUCGCCUCCAGCUCUCUCUCUCUCUCUAGCAUUCCGGCACCGAUGGAGACUCCGGCCACCGGAACCCCGGGAACCCGGUCGCUGCCCCGGCGGAAGCCCCUCCAGCCGAAGACUUCUAAUGCGAGUCCGGCGCCGGCGAGCCUGACGAAGCCAAAACCGAUCCAGAUCUCGCCGUUGAUCAAAGGGGACACGGACAAGGAGAACCGUUCUAUCCACGUAGCAGAGAUUGGGCCGCUGGAGGCAUCGCUCGCGGAGGAGCUGGAGGCGAUCCGGAGGAGGAGGGAGAGGCUCCGGGUGGAGAGGGAGAGGACGGAGAGAAUGCUAAGAGAGAGGGAUCGGGUGUUGCAGAUGGCGAUGAGGGAGUGGGAGAGGAGAGGGAGGGAGCAGAGGAGGGUGGAGUUGGAGCUCCAGGGGUUGACCAGACUCAAGGAGCUGGAAGCCUCUUGUAUGAGAUUUACUCCAGUUAAGUCUCUUAGAGCUAGAGAAGAAGAGAAGAGGAGCGCCGAAGCUCAAUCACAGGGAUUGAGCCAUGCAGCACAAGAUAAUGAAGCCACAGAAUCAUUAUCAUCCCAGGAAAAAGCAGCUGAGAACUAGUCAUUCCUCAUAGUUUUUCCAUUCAUAUCUCCUUUAUUUCUCGGGCUACAUGUAGUGUGUGCCCCUGCAGUGAAGACAAGAAAAUCAAAUUGCUUAUUUGCUGUCUUUUGCAAAAUAUUAGCUGAGGCAUUACACCAUGUAAGAACAAACAAUAAGAUAUACAUGUUAUCAUGCUUGCUCUAAGGCCUUGUUCUUAAUGGUCAUAAUUGCAAAACACAGAUAUCACAUUUUCA